AAAAUACAAAAUAAAAAAUUUAUUGAAAGGAAAAGAAAAGGCUAUAACAGCAGAGAAAGUGUGGAAACCCCAAAAGGAGCAGAGAAGAAUUCAUCUCAUACAUGGCUCCCUAAAACAACAAUGGGAAACACUCUGCAAAAGCUCCCCCAAUUUUCACAACACCGAGAAUUACAACUCCGAGGUCAAACUAAUCAUCAACAAUCGUCGGAGUUUGAAGACGACGGCAAUCGAGAAUUCACCUGCGAAAUCUGCAUCGAGCCGGCCUCCAAGAGGUUCAGGAACGCCGGCAGAUGCUCCCACCCUUUCUGCACCGACUGCGUGGUCAAGUACAUCCGCGCUAAGCUCGACGACGGCGCCGGGGACAUCAUGUGCCCGGGGUUGGGGUGCGGGCACUCGCUGGACCCGACGGCGUGCACGGAGGUGGUGGGGACGGACCUGUUCGUGCGGUGGUGUGACGCGCUGUGCGAGGCGGCGAUUCUCGGGGCGGAGAGGUGCUACUGCCCCUACAGGAACUGCAACGUGCUGAUCGUCAACGAGUGCGGCGGAAUUGUGCGGAAAUCCAAGUGCCCUAGCUGUAAGAGACCCUUGUGCUUCCAGUGUAAAAGGGUUUGGCACGCGGGGUUUGGGUGCGACGAGAGCGGGGAGGCCAGGGAUCGCAAUGACGUCGCAUUUGGGAGGCUGGCCGAGCAGAACAAGUGGAAGAGGUGCCCUCGCUGUAGGCAUUUUGUCGAACUGCUUGAAGGCUGCCGGAUCGUCAAAUGCAGAUGUGGGAUUAGUUUCUGCUACAAGUGUGGAAAGCAGGUUGAGCAGCACUGGUGUCGUUGUGACCGAACCUCUCUCUGUUGCGAAUGGUGCUUCAGAGUUUCCAUACUUGUUAUCUUCCUCACCUUCGCCUUCUUUUUCUUUACUUGGGGCCAAAGCCUUAGGAAUAAUACUCCUACAUAAUCUUUUUCUUCAAUCAUGUAAAUCUUCACUCAAUUAACGAGGGCUAGCUUCGUCAUUUAAAUAGUUUCAUCUACCACUUUCCAUAUAUUCUUUGGAUCUCUUUCCCAUAUUAUGAUAUCGAUCACCAUAUAAUUGCAGUA